ACCUUCCUUCCCCCUCCCCUCUGAACUUCCCACCCCAGCUCUCAAGGCUCCUUGGACCUCUCUGGGGGCUGACUUGGGAAGGGAGGACCCCAUCCGAUGUCUGGGGGAAGCAGGCCACCCAGGGGGAGUCCAGAGCCUGAGGCAGCAAUGGUGUUCAUGUCCACUGGUACUGUGGGCCAGCGGCCCCGCUGUGAACGGUGCAGUCUGGCAGUGGUGACCAGGGACAGCCUUCUGGAGGUGGGGGGAUGGCAGCCUGGGAUGCCAGCUUACGUUGGGGCUCUCACGCCCGCUCAGGCUGCUUGGCAGCGGGGCUUUGGGCACAAGGCAGCCUAGGUGCAGGCCCAGUGGGAGGAGACGGCAAGACCGGGGCACAGUGGGGCUGGAAGGGGCGCCCUGCCCCCAGGAGCCCCUCGCGGGCAGUGCCAGCCCUGGGCCGCCCCGCCCCACCGGGAGCCGCGCUGGGGGCGGGGCUGGGCGGAGCCCGCGCAGGGUGCUGGCCGCAGGGCCCCCAAGUCCCGGCGCCGGGCCCGCUCACGGCCGCGUGGGAGCAGUGGGGUUCGACGGCGCGGCCGCUAGGCCGCCAUGGCCGCUCACGGGAAGCUGCGGCGGGAGCGGGGGCUGCAGGCUGAGUAUGAGACGCAAGUCAAAGAGAUGCGCUGGCAGCUGAGCGAGCAGCUGCGCUGCCUGGAGCUGCAGGGUGAGCUGCGGCGGGAGCUGCUGCAGGAACUGGCAGAGUUCAUGCGGCGCCGCGCUGAGGUGGAGCUGGAGUACUCCCGGGGCCUGGAAAAGCUGGCCGAACGCUUCUCCAGCCGUGGAGGCCGCCUGGGUAGCAGCCGGGAGCACCAAAGCUUCCGGAAGGAGCCAUCACUCCUGUCGCCCUUGCACUGCUGGGCAGUGCUGCUGCAGCAUACGCGGCAGCAGAGCCGGGAAAGCGCGGCCCUGAGCGAGGUGCUGGCCGGGCCCCUGGCCCAGCGCCUGAGUCACAUUGCGGAGGACGUGGGGCGCCUGGUCAAGAAGAGCAGGGAUCUGGAGCAGCAGCUGCAGGACGAGCUCCUGGAGGUGGUCUCAGAGCUGCAGACGGCCAAGAAGACGUACCAGGCGUAUCACAUGGAGAGCGUGAAUGCCGAGGCCAAGCUCCGGGAGGCCGAGCGGCAGGAGGAGAAGCGGGCAGGCCGGAGUGUCCCCACCACCACUGCUGCUGCCACUGAGGCAGGGCCCCUCCGCAAGAGCUCCCUCAAGAAGGGAGGGCGGCUAGUGGAGAAGCGGCAGGCCAAGUUUAUGGAGCACAAACUCAAGUGCACAAAGGCGCGCAACGAGUACCUGCUUAGCCUGGCCAGUGUCAACGCCGCUGUCAGUAACUACUACCUGCAUGACGUCUUGGACCUCAUGGAUUGCUGCGACACAGGGUUCCACCUGGCCCUGGGGCAGGUGCUCCGAAGCUACACGGCCGCUGAGAGCCGCACCCAAGCCUCCCAAGUGCAGGGCCUGGGCAGCCUGGAAGAAGCCGUGGAGGCCCUGGAUCCUCCAGGGGACAAGGCCAAGGUUCUCGAGGUGCAUGCUACCAUCUUCUGUCCCCCGCUGCGCUUUGACUACCACCCCCAUGAUGGGGAUGAGGUGAGGGUUACCCCCUGCUGGGCUCAGCAUUCUCUGGCCUUCACUGUACUGGCGGGCAGUGGAGUGGCAUGACCCACGCUUUGCUCAGGAAUCCAAGUUGUCCAUGGUCUCAGGCAGUGCAGCAGCUAGAGAACUGUCCCACUUCCAUUUGCAGCCUCACUCCAAGGGUGCACCGCCACAAUGGCCAAGGAGGGCAAGACACUAACUAACUGUUCAAACCGUGCAGCAGGCAGCCAUGUAGCUGCCCAUGCAUUGUUCUAGGCUGGUUUCUCUGUGUUUUUAAAUUUCGUGACACAAACUUGGGAGGAAAUGAAGCACACACACAGUAAGAUGGAAUUGGGCUUCUUUAUUCUUCUUCGAGCUAGUUUUUCCUGCAGCAGUUUAUCCUGAUGGGCGUUGGCAAUGACCUGGGAUUACACUGGGCCCCUUGUGGGCCGACUUGGAACUUUACAAAGAGUCCAACAUCACCAGGGCUUCUGAUGGCACACAGCUGCUCCCUAACCUACCCCUCCUGUUCCCAGCUCCCACCCCCAGAAACAGCCACCCACCUCCCAGCAUCCAGCAGCCAUUU